GUUCUGCCUGCACAACUGCACCAGGAUGGUCGAGACCAAAACCGAGAGUCCUCGUAAAACGAAAGGCGCCGCUCCCAAGGAGAAUGGGUUCGCCAAAGGCGACAAGAAUAAUAACGACCUGAGUGAUUACGAGGACGACCUCAGCCAGCUGAUCAAAGCUGACACGAAAUCGGCGGAAGCGGGACCGCACAAGAUGGAAAUUGUCUGGUUUCCCAACGCCAUAGGAUUCUUCUUCCUUUACCUCCUCACUCUCUACUCCACCUACCUCCUAUUCUUCGAUUCAAAAUGGCAGACGAAAGUUUUCAUGAUAACUAGUAUGAUUUUCGCUGGGCUAGUCACGACAAUGGGGGCUCACAGACUGUUCACGCACCGAACCUACAAAGCAAACUACUGGCUCAGGGCCUUCCUCAUCAUCAGCCAAGUUGUCGCAGCACAAAACUGCCUGUGGGUGUGGGUGCGGGACCACCGGCAGCACCACAAGUACAGCGACACGGACGCCGACCCGCACAACGCCAGCCGCGGGUUCUUCUUCUCCCACGUCGGCUGGCUCAUGGUCCGCAAACACCCCGACGUCAUCGCCAAAGGGAAACUCGUCGACAUGUCCGACAUGAAUGCAGACCCACUCAUUAUGUUCCAGAAAAAGUAUUACAAAACGUUGUUCACCAUUUUGGCUGUGAUAAUCCCAACAGCGAUACCGUAUUACUUCUGGAAUGAGGAUCUGAUGAAGUCAUUCGUGAUGUGCAGUCUAGGCCGGAUCCAUUGGACUAAUAAUUUAGUUUGGCUAGUUAACAGCUGGGCUCACUUAAUUGGCACCAGACCGUACUCGGAGAACAUUUUACCGGUGGAGUCGUUCUUCGUCUCCUUCAUCGGCCUGGGCGAGGGCUGGCACAACUACCACCACACGUUCCCGUGGGACUACCGGGCGGCCGAGGCGGGGAAGUGGCCUAACCUGACGGCGACGCUCAUCGACUACUGCGCGAGCCGCGGUUGGGUCUGGGACCGGCGCUCGGCCACCACCGAGAUGGUCAUCAACCGGACGGUGAAGAAGGGCGACCACACGCACCCCCUCUUCGGCGACAAGACGGAGACCUUCGUCGAGAAGGUCCGCGAGAUCAAGCUCGCCAAGGAGUACACCGAUCAGCAGGUCGAGGACGACAUGAAGCUCAUGGGGCGGCUCCGGCCGGACGAAAGUAAGAAGGCGUGAGUUCGCGGAAAAAUCGUCAUAGAAUAAAGAGACUAACGUCAACAGAAGCGAAAGCCACCGCCAUUUCCAUGUCAACUAAGCAUAACGAAAGGAGGCUGUUUCAAUAAGUACUGUUUACGUUUGCGGUAGGUCGACGUAGAGUCCCUUUAUACUGAGAGUCAAGACAAUUCGGCUCAUGGAUGUCACAAACGGGAAUAAAGAUUACAGAAAUUG